AUGAAUAAGACAGGGGACGGCAGGGUCGUCGAUUUGGCCAAAGUGAGUAUCGUCAUCUUCGAUAUCGCUGCUGGGGCACGCCCUAGGGUUCAGGUCUGGCGGAGGGUGGGUGAAACCCUUGGAAACGGAGGAGAGGAAGAGGAACGUUCAGUUGUUUCCGCAGUGCCAGAAGCCGGUUUGCGCAGUUUAACCAUCGCCUUUCAAGAUUUGAAGCCCCCGAAUACAUUUGAAGGAGAAUUUUGA